AAAACAUUUCAUUUUCAUUUUUGGCUCCAACGCAAAAUUCAAAAUCUCCAAAACACGAUACAAUUAGAAAAUAAAAGUUCCAACAAAAUUUCAAGAUUCAACUGGAACUAGAACAAGAACAACAUGAUUGAAACACGCUCUUCAAAGAGAAAAUCCAACCACCAGAUUCAACCCAUCAACAAGAAGCGUGUUGUGUUAGGGGAACUUCCCAAUUCAACCAAUCUCACUGUUACUCAAAAAAACCUUAACCCAAGAAAACCAACACCGGGGAAGAAGAAGAAGAACCCUAGUGAAGAUUUUGAUGGCCCGGUUGUUUCUGAGAUUUACAUGUAUCUUCGAUCAAUGGAGAUGGAGAAAAAGAGAAGACCGAUGAUGGAUUACAUGGUUAUAGUUCAGAGAGAUAUUACUCCACAUAUGAGAGGGAUUUUGGUUGAUUGGUUAGUUGAGGUUGCGGAAGAAUACAAGCUUGUUCCUGAUACACUUCAUCUCGCUGUUUCAUACAUAGAUAGGUUUCUGUCUUUUAAUGAUAUCAAUAGGACCAAGCUUCAGUUGUUGGGUGUUUCAUCAAUGCUCAUUGCAUCGAAACAUGAAGAAAUAAGCCCACCUUAUGUGGAAGAGUUCUGUUUUAUAACUGACAAUUCGUAUAACAAAGAUGAGGUUUUAGAGAUGGAAGCUGACAUACUCAAAACCCUAGAGUUUGAUACAGCCAAUCCCACUGUUAAGACUUUUCUAAGGAGGUUUAAUGAAAUUGCCUGUGAGAAAAAAAAUGCUUCAAGUUUGCAGUUUGAGUUCUUAAGUAACUAUCUUGCUGAGCUAAGUUUAUUGGAUUGUGUUUGUUUGAGAUUCUUGCCUUCUUUGGUGGCCGCGUCUGCCACACUGCUUGCUCGAUUCAUUGUUUGGCCUAAAGCUUAUCCUUGGACACCAACCCUGCAAGAAUACUCUAGAUAUAGACCAGACGAGUUGAAAGAAUGUGUUCUCAUCUUACAUGAUUUGUAUAUGGCUAGAAGGGAAGCUUCAUUUGACGCUUCUCGAGAGAAAUACAAGCAGCACAAGUUUAAACAUGUGGCAAACCUGCCUUCGCCUCCUCAUUUACCAAGUUCUCUGUUUGAAGUAGAGUGAAGUAAUUGGAUGAAACUUGGUUAUUUUUUUUGAAGUGGUAUGUUUUAUGCAAGAAGCAUGCUACAUUGGCAAAGAGGGCUUGAAUAUGACUUUACUAAGAAGUAAUUUCAGUGCUGAAUAUCAAUUUUGUGGAGGUUAUAUGGUAUAUGGAAGUUAAUUUAACUGGCUAUUAAGUUGUGGUCAAGACAUCUAUAGUUUUUAAGCCUAGUUAGGUAUUGUGUUUGUAGUAGCUUUAACUCAAGGUGCAGUUACAUUGUAAACUUCCACUUUAGAAAUAGCAAGGGCGGUUUGUCUUUGUGCUGACUUUCAAUGUCAUUACAUGGUGUCUUUCAUUCGUCAUAAAAAUGUAAAUGUUUCUCUAUGUUGAUAAUUAGUGUACUCUUGUCUUUGAACCAAGGUUUUAGACACACUCUAAUAUAUCGGUUGUUGAUACA